CCUGUCCUCUUAGUCGGAGCUGCAGCUGUUGGCUUGCGUGCCUCAAUGUGUCACAGAGUCGGCCAAUGGUGUAAGAGGUGAUCAGAUGUGGCACUGGAUCUCAGAUGCAUGCAGGAGCUAUCGAUAUAACAGACGCCUCCUGCCGCAUUACCAUGCAUGUAAGCUGCAGCGAUGCACAAUCCGUCCACAUCUGCAGAGGGGAUAUGUGACAUGCGACAACUGCAUGUGAUGUACGUUAUAUGCCUAGCUACACCGCGCACAUUCAGGACUGACGCAAUGGUGAACGUACGCCUAUCUGUGCAGCGCUAUUUGUGUGAAUCAGCCCUGCACAUGCCCCGAUAGCGAGCGCACACGCGGCUAUACAGGCCCACAAGCAUUUUGCUUGUAUCAGACUUUAAGUCCAGAGAGGCAGGACGGGCGCGGGGAGGGCGCUCUCACAUAGGGAAAGUUCUGUAAGGCCCGGUCAUGCAGAUGCAUCAUUUCCAGGCCUGCAGGUCAGAGCGUAUACCUGUCACACCAGAGGCACACAUCUACGCACAACGAGAGGCAGCAUCCUUAACGGCAGUCCUCACUGCAGCAUCCAUAAAGGCAGACAGUGCUCAUCCCAGCAUCCGAACUCUCAGGCAUCCAUUACUUCAGGCCUCAUACCAGCAUCCAUCAAGGCAGACAGUCCUCGUACCAGCAUCCAUCAAGGCACACAGUCCUCGUACCAGCAUCCAUCAAGGCAGACAGUCCUCGUACCAGCAUCCAUCAAGGCAGACUGUCCUCGUACCGGCAUCCAUCAAGACAGACAGUCCUCGUACCAGCAUCCAUCAAGGCAGACAGUCCUCGUACCAGCAUCCAUCAAGGCAGACAGUCCUCGUACCAGCAUCCAUCAAGGCAGACAGUCCUCGUACCAGCAUCCAUCAAGGCAGACAGUCCUCGUACCAGCAUCCAUCAAGGCAGACAGUCCUCGUACCAGCAUCCAUCAAGGCAGACAGUCCUCGUACCAGCAUCCAUCAAGGCAGACAGUCCUCAUCCCAGCAUCCGAACUCUCAGGCAUCCAUUACUUCAGGCCUCAUACCAGCAUCCAUCAAGGCAGACAGUCCUCGUACCAGCAUCCAUCAAGGCAGACAGUCCUCGUACCGGCAUCCAUCAAGGCAGACAGUCCUCGUACCAGCAUCCAUCAAGGCAGACAGUCCUCGAACCGGCAUCCAUCAAGGCAGACAGUCCUCGUACCAGCAUCCAUCAAGGCAGACAGUCCUCGUACCAGCAUCCAUCAAGGCAGACAGUCCUCGUACCAGCAUCCAUCAAGGCAGACAGUCCUCGUACCAGCAUCCAUCAAGGCAGACAGUCCUCGUACCAGCAUCCAUCAAGGCAGACAGUCCUCGUACCAGCAUCCAUCAAGGCAGACAGUCCUCGUACCAGCAUCCAUUAAAGCAGACAGUCUUCAUUCCAGCAUCCUAACUCUAGGUAAGCCACUUUCUGGUAGUCAGGAGACUAAGGCUGGGUUCACACAACGGAUUUUGACACAAAAUUGGCUGUGGAAUUCUGCAUCAAAAUCCAAUUGCAUUCCACUUCCCAUUAAUUUGAAAGGGAAAUCUGUAGCAUAAUGCACAUAGUAAUCACAUUGAUUAUUAAACCAAGCUUUCUAAAAGUCCUUUUUUUUUUACAUUCCAGCAUGGCUUCUGAAAUGUCAAAAAAUAAAAACAAACACAAAAAAAGAAAAAUUAUAGAUGAAGGAAGAGUGUUCCAAGAAAAGUGGACAGAUGAAUACUUUUUUGUUGAGUCCAAUAGUAAGACAAUCUGCUUAAUUUGCAAAGAAUUAGUGCCAGUUUUCAAAGACUACAAUUUGAAAAGGCAUUACAUGACAAGACAUGCUGAGAAAUUUGCUGUGUAUGAAGGAAUGUGUCGUAAAGACAAAAUCGCUGAACUGAAAAAAAAAUCUAUCAUCUCAACAAAAUUAUUUAAAAAAAGUAUUGAUUCAAUCAGAUUCUAUUGUCAAAGCCAGUUAUGUGGUUGCAAACCUGAUAGCCAAAAAAUCAAAACCGUAUUGCGAUGGUGAGUUUAUUAAGGAAUGCAUGGAAACCGUGGCUGAUAUAAUUUGCCCGGAUAAAAAAGGGGACUUUUCAAAAAUCAGUUUGUCUCACCAGACUGUAGCCAGGCGAAUUGAAGAUAUAGGAAAAUCCAUCGAAAGAGUUGUGAAGAGUAGAGCUGCUCAUUUUAAAUUUUAUGCUAUGGCGAUAGACGAAAGUACAGAUUGCUACAGAUACAGCUCAAUUGGCAAUUUUUAUUAGAGGCAUUGAUGACAAAUAUAAUAUCAUUGAAGAAAUGGCUGCUUUAGUUCCACUGAAAGACACAACUAAAGCAAGAGAUUUAUAUGAAGCUGUGAAAAAUACAUUACAGCGAUUUUCUUUGUCAUUUGCUAACAUAUCUGGCAUAGCUACUGAUGGUGCCCCUGCAAUGAUAGGUAACAGAGAUGGACUUGUAAAAUUGAUAGAAGAUGAUGCAAUUGCCUCCCAAAAUUUCAGUAUGAUGAAAUAUCACUGCAUAGUACACCAAGAAAAUUUAUGUGCAAAAGCUUUAAAGAUGGCUAACGUCAUGCAGAUUGUCAUCCAGGCUGUAAAUUUCAUAAGGUCCAAGGGAUUGAAUCAUCGCCAAUUCCAGGAAUUCCUAAAAUUUAUGGAUGCUGAGUAUGGGGACAUAAUUUACUUUUCUGAAGUAAGAUGGUUAUGUCGAGGGAAAAUGCUGGCAAGAUUUUAUGAUCUGAGAAAUGAAAUCAAGUAAUUUAUGGAAUCUAAAACAAAAUGUGUGCCAGAACUUGACGAUGAAAACUGGCUCACAGAUUUGGCAUUUUUAGUCGACUUGACCACUCAUUUAAAUGAGUUAAACAUGCGUCUUCAAGGUGAAAACCAAUUGAUCAGCACAAUGUUUCAAACUAUAACAUUGUUCGAAAUGAAACUGAAACUAUGGCAUUCUCAAAUGAAGGCAAAAAAUUUGAUGCAUUUUAGCACAUUGGCUAAACACGCCUCUGUGAACACGGAAAAAUAUGCAGUCUUGCUUUUCAAUUUGGUACAGGAAUUUGAGAACAGGUUUCAAGAUUUUAGAAAAAAUCAGCCAUCUUUUCUGAUAUUUGCAACUCCAUUUUCAGUGGACAUUAAUAUAUUACCUGCCAAUUUGCAAAUGGAAUGCAUAGAGCUCCAAUCUGACAGUCAACUGAAAGAAAAAUUUGACCAUGUCUCUUUAAUGGACUUCUAUAAGAUAUAUGUUCCCAGAGAAAAUAUCCUUUACUUCACAAUCAUGCCUUAUUCAUGCCAUCGCUAUUUGGAAGCACCUACAUUUGUGAGCAGCUAUUUUCAAGGAUGAAGCACACAAAGAA